AUGGAAACCAGAAUAUUAAAGGAAGCUGACACAAUUGUAAAAGAAGCAAAGGGUAAACAGGAAACCAUAAAAGCUGCUUCUUUAGAGAUAACUGAAGAACUUGAAUGUUCACAUUCAUUGUUAAGAUCAUUAAAAGAACAGAACAAGCAAACUAAGCUUUUUAUCGAGAUUAAAAACGUCAGAAAAAGUCUGCCAAUACUGACAGAUAAGGAAAAGAACGUAUUGCGUGCAAAUACAACAAACAAAUAUAUUCAAUUUACCCGCAACACAAGCAUUAUAGAUUUUCUUAAGACUGAUAAUAAUUAUGGAACAUUGUCAACAUUUGUACAGCCGUGCCCAGAUAGUGUAGUAGAUUUACAAUAUAUAGAUACAAUAGACAUGAAACAGACAUCAGAAAAUGAAAAAUGUAACAUUACUGGAAUAAUAAUGAUUGCUCCUACGAAAAUGGUUGUUUCUGAAAGCAGUAACAGAAAUAUAAAACUGAUCGACGUUGAGAAAAAUGUAGUUGUAACAGAGGUAAAGAUGUGUUCACGUCCGUUGGAUGUUAUAACUCUUCCAGAAAAAAAACUUGCUGUAACUUUGGCCGAUGAAAUGUUUCUUCAGAUAUUGUCUUAUUCUGACGCGAAACUUUCAUUAGAUCAACGUAUAGAUGUAGGAGAAAAGUGCGCUGGUGUUGCUUAUGGCCAGAAUAAAUUGGUUAUCUCUAGUCGGGCUUCAAAGAAAAUAAUCAUAAUGAAUCUUAAAGGAGAAAUUCUCAAUGUUCUUGGUUCUCUUGCUAUAUUCUAUGGGCCUAUUAGAGUUUUGAUAGGCAAGGAUGAAACGUUUAUAUAUGUAUCGGAUACAGAUUGGAGUCAAAGUAGUAAGGUUUUGAAAAUGGAUUGGAAAGGAAAUGUUAAAAGCGUUUUUGAAGACCAAAGUCACAAAUUUCCGUACGGUCAACAACAAUUAGAAGAUAAGACUAUACUGGUAUGUUACAGUGAAAGUAACACUAUUCUGAGACUGUCAAGCAGCUUAAAGAAAUGUGAUAUUAUUGGGCUAGAGAAAGCAAAUAUUUAUUUUCCAAAAGCUGUAACAUACUGCGACAGAGAACAAAAACUGUGCGUAAGUUGUUCAUCAGAGAAAGAUGACUGGCGGGCUGAUAUUGUGAAAGUGUUCCAUGUUAAAUGGAAAUAA